CAUAGGCAUUCGUGCACCGCGCAACCUGCGCCUAUUUAUAUUUUGUUAAGUUCUAUAUUUAAAUUUUGAAACGUCACUAGACAUUUCUAAUAUUUUUUUUUUUGUUUGAUUAAAAUCAUAGACAAUAUAGAAUGUAACGUCGUUUGCAUACACAGGACUAUUUCGAUAGCCAGUUGUUUCUAAUAAAAAGAUUUACUUUUUAGUGAGUUAUUUAGUUAAUUUAUAUCAAAGGAUGAACUUUAUUAAUUUAUAGUAUUGUUUCAAUAAAGUUAAAUCGAUAUGGAGCGACAAUAUAUUUUGGUCCUUCUGGCGUUUCUGAACUUUCAAUCAUCGAUUAAUGCUGCAGAUACUGUACUCUCAGCUGUCCUAACACCCGAUGAGAAGCUUCUGAGCCGUCAAAGCCGCAGCUACUACGACCCCCGAUAUGGCGUAGGCCGACCGUACGAUCUCGGUCGUCUUUAUGAUCCGCGACCUUACGACAGAUAUUACGAAUAUGGUAGAUUAGAAUACGACAGACCGCGCUGCGGUCGUUGUGACGAUAGAUACGACGACAGAGAUGACGACAACGACCGACGACGAGACAGGUACGACGACGAUCGUCGCGUCAACCACAGACCGACGUACGGUAACCGAUAUGACGACAGGAAUAAGAAUGAUGAUGACGACAGAAGAUACAACUCCGAUAGGAACAACGGAAAUAAAAACGGAACUGAUGAUGACAACGACUCGGACAAGAAGAGGCCUUACGAUGAUAAAGACAGCAGACCGAGUGGGAGCAAGAGAGGCGAUAGACACAGAGAUAGAAAUAGAUAUGACGACAGGGAUAGAUACAGGCCUGAUUACUACGAUAGGUUUUUGAGGGAUCCUUCAAGAGAGAGACCAUACUAUGACGAUCCAUACAGGGAAAGAAGACCAAUUUACGACAGAGAUUAUGACGGUUAUCUCGGUAGAUAUGAUGGGUAUGCAAACAGAUACGAUGGAAUCGCUUACCCUAGUUAUAGAAGGCCAGUUUACGAAGGGUACGAUAGAGCAUACGAUGAUGGUUACGGAGGGUACGGCCCAGGCGUUGGUCGAGGACCUCACGAUAGUUUCAGGCCUUGGGACGAGACGUAUCGUGGACAGGCAGGAUGGGACGCCGGCGGCAGGGGUUACUAUUUCGCGUCAGGCCGCCCUGACGCCGCCCCCGCGCCGGCCUGGGACCGACCAGGAUAUACUAGACCACAAGAAAGCGGUUGGCAGAAUGUGGGUUACGGCGGUGGCGGAUACCGCGAUCCGUUAGAGUACCGCGGGUCGAUUGGUUACGGACAGGACGGCGGUUACCGGCAGGACUUCAACACGGGCUACGGACAGGCCAGUGGCUGGCAGAAUGUCGGCGAGAGGAGACCUUAUAGAGAUCAAAGUGGCGUGGCGCAUCUCGAUGACCGCAACACCUACAAUCAACCAUCUCGCGAUACCCAGAGCACUGGCUAUGGACAGAGUAACAAUAGACAACCAACGAAUUAUGGACAAAAUACAUAUCAAUCUAGUAAUAUAGCAACUGGUUACGGGCAAACCAGUAGUACAACACCCAGCACCAGCUACCUCUUUCAAAGAGAAGACGAAAGGGUCACUACGAAAUCAACUGACGAAACUACCAAGGCGCCAUCUUAGUUUAUUUUUUAUUCUGUAGCCUAUGGACUGUCUAUAGCAUGGCUGGACAGUCGUAAUAUUUUACGCUAAGGCAGACAACCGUCCACUAUCCAUAACCAUACCUCGCAGUUAUACUGGCCGAAUCGCGGGGGAUAAACACAACCGUCCAAGCUCUCCUGACAACUAUAUUUAUAUUUAUAGUACAAUAUUUUCUCUACUCCUGUUCCUCAAUGACGCUUUCUCCCCCAUCGGGGGUAACGUACGACAUAGUGAUAACUUCGGUGCCAGACAGCACACCAUCUUCCAGCUUGCUUAUUGCUGCAGCAGCUUUUCUUCCAGUCUUCUGUGACAUGCUCCGACUCCUGUGCCACUGAUGAACGAACUCUCGUAGCUCGAACGCUAUCUCCGAUCGAUCUCCUCAUUCGCUGGUACUCGUCUUGUUAAGCUAUGGCAUAUAAACGCUUCCAAAAGCAGCCAUGUUCAGUCAGAAUCUGGAAGACCCCAAAGCCACGUCCGAAAAGAAUCGAUGGAGCUCUCGCCCGUCUGCGGAUGAGGUCCAGCGCUCUUGCCACGCCAAAAUGAUCUCGUUCCUAAUUUCUCGUUCACGUCUGCUGAACUUCUGUUAUGGCACGAACUGACGCUCUACGUCUAUCCUGCCAGCACGGAUUACCUCCAAGUCAGCAGACAAAACACCGGCGAGCACUACCAGCACUGCUAUACUGACACUCCUGUAUGCCUUGGUCAAGUGAACAAGGCAUAUAAGAGCUUGGCUGAUAAUUUUUUUUUUAAUAAAAAAAAAAUUGCACCUUUUUUUAGUGCUGCCAGUAAUAACUAUAAUAUAUCGGUAUUUCUAUAUAUUACAUGCAUGUGGUCAGUGGCGUAACAAUAUAUGUAAUCAUAAUGGCGCAGAGUGGACAUAAUGGCACCCCCCCCCCCCACCCUGUCCCUGGUUCCAGAGGCCGUGAGCACAAGAAAAAUCUAACGUUUAUUGCAUAAUUUUGUAAAAAAAAAAGUUUUAAUCAAUUUAAGGAUUAUUAAAUUAAGAACAUACACGAAUUAUUUAAAUAAAUUAUCGACAUGGUAUAAUUUUCAAGUAGAACUAAAAAUCGACACAUUAAUUAUAAUAGUGUCGGUAAAUAUGCAUAUCCACUUAUUGAUAUAUUAUAUAAAAUUUAUACUACAACGCCGAGCCUUUUAGAUAAAUGAAGGGCCCCACCCAAUAAGUACUACGAGCCUCAGAUGAUGUAGUAACGCCACUGCAUGUGGGCUAUGUUAAUAAUGUAAAUCCACUGAUAUAAAUUGUACUUUUUUAUAUAAACUCUAUCUAAACGUAAUUAAGCUCAAAUUAAGGUAUUACAUUUCCAUAAAUAAAAUAAACUUUAAUAUUAUAACUCAAAUUUUAAAUACACUAUCGCAGGGGUUCCCAAACUUAUACUUUGAGAAUAAAUAAUUUUUUAGCGCCCCCAUUUUUUCACCUACUUUAAAACCACUAUUACUUCAAGAUUAACAAAUCACCCCCCAAGCCUCUACACAACGCCCCCAUUUUUUUUCUGGGUCUCUUACCGCUCCUCUUUAGGUCUGCAGCGCCUAAGGGGACGUUAUCGCCCACAUUGGAAAAGGCUGCACUAUCGGGACUUAAUGCCAUACAAAAAUUGUUUGCGGGUAAAUAUUUCCUACAUACUUGCUUCUUGCCGAUGCCGAUGUUUCGACGUGGUUUGCAUGACGUCGUGGUCACGACAGAAGUAAUAAAGAAGUAGGUAUUUUUUUUUAUGGGUGAAAAUGGUAUGGUAACCCCGCCUGCGCUAGCGGGAUACGCUGGCGGAGCGCCAGUGAAGGGUGAUAGAUGAGAAUGAAAACAGGCCAGUUAGCCCAGCAUGAUGAAUUCAUCAGGAAUUAACCAUGAUAGUUUUCAGGGAGAACCGCGAGAAGGUCGACCUGGUUGGGUAUAUUGCUAGCAAUGGGAUUCUCAGUCUCCAUUACUAACAAUCCCUUUCCCCCCAGAAGCAGGUAUUUAGGUACUACAUACAAAAAAAAUUCCAUCCCUAUAAAUCCUGAUAGUGUAUUUAAAAUAUGAGUAAACAACGCGAAAGUGUAAAAUCAUUUAUUACGAUAAAACAUUGCCACCUCAAUGGUAUAAAAAAUAUUGUACCCAAUAGUUUUUUAAACUGUAAACUAGGUUUAUUUUCAGUAUUACAUGAUUACGAUUCAUGAGAUUAGAAUAAGUAGUUAUGUAAGUUUAAUAUAAGUUACAUGCAAAUGUAUAAAUUCUGAAUCCGUCCAUUUAUUGUGUCUUAAAUCAAUCAAAUAUUGCCAUAGGUAAUCUUGUAUUUUAUUAAUUUGCAAAAUAAUUUCAAUGAGUAAUGUAUGUUUAGUAAAUAAAAAUAAAAGUUA